AUGGACUUCGAUGACGACGACUUUCAAGACCUCUUUGAUGAGGCCCAAUUGCUGCCGGACUCCUCGCAGGAGUCUUUGAAUGACCAAACUGCUAACAUCACCUUCGCCGAGGUCGCUGACGAGGAUUUCGACAUACCAAACUUGCAGCGCUGCAGAGAUGCGAAUGAAAGGAAAGAGAACGAUUCGGAUGAAAUGAUUGAAGCUGGUGACUCGGCGCCUGCGGAGCAGGAGGCAUAUGAUCAAGAUUCAAAUGUCACAGCCAAGAUUGAAGCCUGUUUUGAGCGAAUCGUUGACGCUUUACUCAACGAGAAAGACGAGAUCAGCAUCACGUUAAAGUCUCGCAAGACAAACCGCUCGGCCAGAGAUGGUGAAGCGACAAGUUCUGAGAGGCUUAUCUGCUUCCCAGGCAAAAGUGCUGAAGAAGCAUGGAGGUUUUCUGUGGUACUUCGCAUUCUAGAGCUCAUGCACGAAGCGACUCGUACCAAUACAGUCUUGAGCAAGAGGGACAUCUUCUACCGCGAUCCAGCACUAUUUGGCAAACAGUCCCAUGUUGACCGCUAUGUUGACGACAUUGCAUUGACUUUUGGCGUCACUCGCUCUUCUCUCAAUGUAACGGCUGCCGCGAAAGGCCUUAUUGCAGGCGCAGUCAACAUCUGCCACAAAGACGGCUCUAUAGUCGACGCCAGGGCAGACAGAGAGGGAAUGUUGAUUACGAAUGUCAACGAAAUCCUGUCAGUCGACAUGUCAGACGUAAAGUUUAUCCUGGUCAUUGAGAAAGAAGCGACCUUCCGCUCGAUUGCUGCAUCCGACUUCUGGGAUGUAAUUCGGUCGCAAGGCGUUGUCAUGACCGGCAAAGGUUAUCCUGAUCUCUCCAGCCGAGCAAUGCUGCGACUAUUGAGCACAGCGUCACCGCAGAAUGGUUUCGCGUCACCACCGGUCUACGGCCUCGCCGACUUUGAUCCUGACGGAAUGGCCAUUCUCUCAACCUACAAGUACGGCUCGAGAGCACUAAUGCAUGAGAGCGAAGAACAUUGCGUACCACAACUACAACGAAUCGGCCUUCGCAGCGCUCAUCUACUGGUCGGGGACGACACACAGGGUGCUCAAGGAAUACUCGCCCUAACAGCAAGAGAUCGAAAGAAAGGCACCAAGCUGCUGUCCGACAACCCAAACGAGAUGCUUGAUCGAAGUGAGCUGCAGACCAUGCUCAUGUUCAACAUGAAAGCCGAGCUGCAGUUGCUCGACAGUGUUCCAGGAGCUGUGGAUGGACUGUUGACCGCCGAGCUGAAGUACCCGUAA